GAUAUUCGCAUUAUAAAUACGACGAGCCAGAGCUAAGAUCUUUUAAUCGUCGUAAACUAUUUUUCACCGCAGGACUAGUUACUGAAAACAACAGAGAUGAAUACUCUUUUCAUUGUCUCGUGCCUUUUGCUCGUUGCUUCCACCGUUCACGCGGAUAUUAUUGAUGUCUACUUGGAAAAGACAAAGGAACAAUUUCAAAAUUGCGCCAAAGAAAACGGCUUCACUGAACAAAAUCUACGAAAUGUGUUCAACCAGGAUGCAAAAGCAGGAAUGGAAGCAGCUUCGUGCCUUCGUGAAUGCACAUUAAAAUCAAUGAACAUGUUGAAGGAUUCUAAACUGAACAUGGACAUGAUGAACGAGUUCAUUGAGGCUGUGCACUCCGAAAAUCCGGAAAUGGUUAAAAACUUGAAAAACGCCGCGGUAUCAUGCGCUGAGAAAGUCAAAGGCAUGCCGGACGAUUGCAAAAUGGCCUACUCUUUCGUCGAGUGUUUCCUGGAUAAACACUAAGAAGAUUCGAACGAAAUCAUCGACGAUAAUAAUUAAAAAAUAAGAAAAAACACGAAGAUAUUAAAAGGUUUUGAAUAUAAGAACAGGGGAAAUAUAAUAUACACUGUCGACUCUAAA